AUGAGAGAGGUGAAGGAUGAGUUUGGUACAAGGUCAAGCCUGUCAGUCCUGUGUUAUUUUGGACAGCAACCAAUACAGACACAGAAAGGUACGUAUCCGUCCAUAGCAGUCUGGAAAAACCUCGUUUCCCCUGCCAAGAAACGCCAGGGCUGCGCCGUCAACGCCGUCAACGGUGCGGCCUUGGAAAGAUGUGAGAACUUUUUGGAAUGGGUUAUCCCGAUAAGGAGUGGUGGCACCACGACAGGGGACGUCACGUCGGCAGUGGCAUUGGCCGCAUUGGAUGGCACUGAGUGGCACUGGGCACUGAGGACAGCAUCGAUAGCGCGCAUCGUCCUGUUGACGGGUUGA